AUGGUCCUUCGAAAGUGUACCAUCUGUGAUCGCAAGUUCAAGAAGACGGAGCAUUUCAAGCGCCACGAGCGGUCUCACACCAAAGAGCGUCCGUACGAAUGCAAUGUCUGUCAUAAGCGCUUUUCAAGGAGUGAUGUCCUGAGCCGACAUGCCAAAGGCCACAAUCAAAGCGCCGGCGCGACUACAGCAGCUAGAAAUGAUUCGAUUGCAGGGCAAGCUCAAAGUCGACGCCCUUCUGCCGUAGCCGGCGCGCCGCCGAUGGUGGCCGGCCCCGAAAAUGGGAUACAGCUUCAGUCCACUAUUCCAGAUCCGCAUCAAAUUUCUAGUCUUCCAACACCGCGCGAUAUGACGCUCUCGGCGACCGGAAUUCCUCCCUCGAGUUUGGAUUUCCUUGCCGAUAUCUCUGCGCAUCAUGGCCGCACCGAACCAGAUAUCAAUUCGAUGCUCAUAGACGAACAGCAGCACUAUUUCGGCUGGAAUGAACCGACUCCCACCGAGCAAAAUGCGCAACGAAAUAGCAUGGGUUUUGAAAAUGUUCCAAAUGAUAUGCUGCAGUUAUGGCUCGAGCCUCGCACAGACACGGGAUCUAAUCACGGCUCGCUCGAUUUGAUGCGAGAUACCCAUUUCCCGCUAAUGAGUGAAAGUAAUAUGGUGGUUACACCGGAUCAACAAAAUCGGCAUUCUGUUGAUGGCAAAUCUGGCGGUGAUAACAUUCCCAUUGAACGGUUUACCAAAGUCCAGCGGUACUGGCUGGCUCCGCCAAAUCAUACGGGCCGUCUUAUGAACAGCUUGUGGCGGGACAUCGUCUACGCCGACGUUGACAACAUUUUCUCUCUCCGUUUUCUGCAUACCCCGAGCGAUAGCGGUCUUCUCCAAGGGUCGCGAUGUGGUGUGGAUGAAGACUGUAGACGACGUCUUCAAGCAGCGUUUGGGCAGACAUUCGCGUAUCCGCAAAUGCAAUCACCGAGAAAUGAUGACGCCUCUCCUGCCACCACUGGCUCGACUUCGGCUCCUUUUCCAAACUUUCCUCCCGCAGAGAUCUUAGAUAUGGCGCUUGAUCUUUACUUCCGGACUUUCCACCCUCUCGUCCCAUUCGUCCACCUUCCGACCUUCUCCGCAAAGAAGACUCGUCUACCACUCCUCUAUGUGAUGUCUCUAAUUGGCAUGAUGCUGCUGGGGACCAAGGGCACUGCAACCUUUGUCUCAAGGAAUUUUACGUACGUUCUAGAGAAAGUUACAGCUGAUCUGGCAAGAUGUACUAUGGGGGUUGAAACACCCGCAAGUGCCAUGUCAAUAUUUGCUACGGCUUUCUUGUUUCUGAAUCUAGCUGUGCUGACAGGGGAGAAAGCCCAUUUGGAACAGUGUCAGAUGCUAUACGUCAACCUCAUGUCGAUCACUCAACGACAUGGGCUAUUUGCAGCGACUGAAGGCCAAAUCCUUGAUAUGAGUCUAUUCGAGGCAGUACCCGACAUCGACAUGAGGUGGAAGGCAUGGAGCAAAGUUGAAUCUACAAAAAGAGUCAUCAUCGGCCUCCUCCUUGUGGACUCAUGGUACUCGUCUCUUCUUUCAACAAGCCCGAUCAUUGUCCCAGAGUCGGUCCAAAUUAUUAUGCCCUGCAGUGAAGCACUCUUCCGCGCCCAUUCACCCAUGCGAUGGACACAGCUUAUCCGCAGUGGCAAACGGAUUUUGAUGCCAACGGUGCUGGCACCGUCCGAAAACAUUAACAUCCCCACCCUUGAAGGGCCUAUGGAUGAAUUCUGCAUCCAAGCCGUACUGGCAAUGAUUCAACUUCGUCAGUCGGAGGCCUACCACCGCCUCCUCUCAAAUCGUGCCGGUUAUCCCUUCGCACCCUGCCAUACAUAUGCAAUGGAUGGCCGCGCCAGAUGUCUCCCAUCACUCCAAUCCCAGGUCGCGAGCAACUACGGCGAAACAAUGGACCGGCUCAACCCUAACACCCUCAUCAUGUGGCACCACAUGUGUAUGAUGCUUACAGCCGAUAUCCAGAUCUUCGACUUCGCCGCCGGGCGCGCCGGGCCAGCUCCAGCUCGCAAAGCACUCGACGACAUCACCGAAUGGUCGCAGACACCCGCAGCCCGGCGGGCCUGUCUCCAUGCAGCGCACAUCUACAAAGCCAUGACCAAUCGCAAAGCCUCCGAUCACCCCACAUUCCACUCCGUCUUCUCACUCUUCUCUGCAGCCCUUGUACUGGGCCUUUAUACAUUUAUGGUGCCCAACUCCGCCGGCACGCCUUCCAGCGUGGGGUCGAUCGAGCUCCUGGAUGAGAUCGAUUGGCAGCAGGUUGGCACCGAGGGCUUUACAAGCUUUAUGGAGCCAAGGGGUAGCCAGACAUUUUCGCCUACUGAUGACCCGGCUGCGAACUUCAUUCGCAAUGGCGCUACUAUCUACCUCCGCGGUGUGCCUUUCCAGGGUGGUUACCAAUCCGCGAGAAGGAUCCUACUGGACUAUGCGAACUUGCUCAAGGAUUCUGGGAAGUGGAGUGUCAAAAAGUUCUCCUAUGUGCUACAUAUUAUGAGUGAUGUGCUGAUGGACGUGGAAUAA